UGUACUGCAGUUGGAGCAUCCUUCCGUCAUGGCGUCUGUGUGGGGAAAAUCGCUUUCAAACCCGGCGUUUUUGAGCACAUUUCUCCUUAUUUUGCUGUGUCUCCCGCCCGGAGGAGGACAGAAGAAGAAGGAGAACCUGCUGUCGGAGAAGGUGGAGCAGAUGAUGGAGUGGUCAUCGCGGCGCUCUGUCAUCCGGAUGAAUGGGGACAAGUUUCGGCGUUUUGUGAAGGCCCCACCCAGAAACUACUCCGUCAUCGUGAUGUUCACAGCUCUCCAGCCUCAAAGACAGUGCUCCGUGUGCAGGCAGGCUAAUGAGGAGUACCAGGUGCUGGCUAACUCAUGGCGCUACUCAUCCGCUUUUUCCAAUAAGCUCUUCUUCACUGUGGUGGACUAUGAUGAGGGAGCUGACGUUUUCCAGCAGUUAAACAUGAACAGCGCUCCGACCUUCAUGCAUUUCCCGGCCAAAGGAAAACCAAAGAGGGCUGACACUUUUGACCUGCAGAGGAUUGGAUUUGCCUCAGAGCAGCUGGCCAAGUGGAUCGCUGACCGCACAGAUGUUCAGAUCCGUGUCUUCCGUCCUCCCAACUAUUCGGGCACCAUUGCUCUGGCGCUCUUGGUCUCUCUGGUCGGAGGCCUGCUGUAUCUGAGGAGGAACAACCUGGAAUUCAUUUACAACAAAACAGGAUGGGCCAUGGCUGCUCUGUGUGUGGUGUUCGCAAUGACGUCUGGUCAGAUGUGGAAUCAUAUCCGAGGCCCUCCCUACGCGCACAAAAACCCCCAGAAUGGACAAGUGAGUUACAUUCACGGGAGCAGCCAAGCCCAAUUCGUCGCAGAGUCUCACAUCAUUCUUCUCCUGAAUGCUGCUAUCACUAUGGGCAUGGUGUUACUGAAUGAGGCUGCAACUUCCAAAGGAGACGUGGGCAAGAGGAGAAUCAUCUGCCUGGUGGGCCUUGGCCUGGUGGUGUUUUUCUUCAGCUUCCUGCUCUCCAUUUUCAGGUCCAAGUACCACGGAUACCCCUACAGCUUUCUUAUUAAGUGAAAAAUGAAAGAAGAUGAGGCCAAAGGAUGGAAGCAAGGGAACUCAUGAGGAACUUGAAAGAAGCCAAGGCAUUAUCCAUCGGGUCCGUCGUGUGUUUGUUUUUUAUUAUCACUGUCACUUCUGCGGAUAGAAUAAAAAGUAACUUAUUACUCAAUACACUGGAAUAUAAAGCUUCUAAUGUGUUGCACAGUUGAGCAUAUCUCUGUUUCCAUGAAUAAUGUAAAACCAAGCAUUUCCAUAAGUGGUUGCAAUUGUACGGUAGCUUUU